CAUGAGCCGUGGGAACACGGCAGGAUGAAAUGGGGGGUCCAAGAGGUGUGAGGCGGGGGAACUGAGCAGGGACGGUGACACCGUCCCGGUGGGAUGAGCCAGUGGAAUGUGCUGUGGGGUCCCAGUGGGUUAGCUGUGGUAUCCUAGUGGGAUGAGCCAUGGAGUUCCACUGGGAUGAGCUAUGGGGUCCCACUGGGAAGAGCUGUGGGAUCCCAGUGGGAUGAGCUGUGGGGCCCCUCUGGAGUGAGCAGUGGUCCCCAUAAGGCGGCCCUUGGGGCAGCACGGAGGGUGGCCCCCGGUGCAGGCGGUGCCGUGGGCAGGAAGCAGCGUGCUGCGGAAGCCGGCAGCCCUGGCUGAGGCUGUUCGCACACGUCCCUGGCCAGCAGCCCCCAUGGCGGCUCCUGGCACCUUCCUCGUGCCUGUCCUCCUCCUGUUCCUCUGUGGGCCGGGUCCCUACCCUGCUGCUGCCGACAGCCACCCAGGAGUGAAGUGUGUCCUCUUCAAUGAGGAGUACAUGAACUGCACGUGGGGGAACGAAGAGAUGCCCACCGUCAACUACUCCCUCUUCUACUGGUACAAGAACACGUCUGACAAGGAGGUGGAGUGCAAGCAGUACCUGCAGCACCAGGGUGUCAGGGUCGGCUGCCACUUCAAGCAGAACGAGCUCAUCCAGUUCCAGUCUUUCCACGUUCUCAUCAAUGCCAGCAUUGGCGGCAAGACCCUGGAGAUCCCCAGCGAGCGCAUGGAGCUGCAGGACCUGGUGAAACCAGAGGCGCCUGUCAACCUGACCAUCCGCAACAUGAGCAACAAUCAGCUGCGGCUGACCUGGGCCUCCCCGUACCCCAGAAACCAGUGCCUGGAGCAUGCUGUCAAGUACAAGAGCAACAAGGACACCAGCUGGACGGAGCUCUCGGUGAAUGGAGAUGUCUUCUCCUUACCCAGCGUGGACUAUGAGAAGUCCUACACCUUCUACGUGCGCAGCAAGAUCAACAACUUCUGUGGCAGAACCCAGUUCUGGAGCGAGUGGAGCGUUCCUGUCAUCUGGGGCAGCAACUCCACCAGCAAGGGCACGGGGGAGGAACAGCUGUACUGGUUUGGGAUCCGCACAGUCUUGGUGCCCAUUGCCUCCUGCCUGCUGCUGCUGGUCCUUGUCAUCCUGCUGGUGCGCAUGGAAAGGGUGUGGGUCAUCCUGAUGCCCCGAAUUCCCAACCCCAGCAAGAAUUUUGAUGAGCUGUUCAUCACCCACAACGGCAAUUUCCAGGAAUGGACUGGAGUCCCCAAAGAUGUUGUGGAGAGCUUCAAGCCCAACUACAGCGAGAACAUCUGCUAUGUGACUGAGCUGCCACCCAAGGACAGCCAUGAGCCCCUCUGGGACAGCAGCAACCAUGCACCACCUCCAAUGCCUGGGCCCCCAGCUGCCCCCAGUGAGCACAGCCCCUACCAGAACAGCUAUGGGAGGGUGUGACACGCUCCUGCACCCCUGCAUGCCCCAUUCGCCACAGCUUUGCUGCCCAAACCUUACUGCUCCUCAGGCUCUGCUCCCUGCUCCUGCCAUGCCUCUGCCAAAUGCCCUGGACCCCGGUCUUGC